CUUGCCCAGUGGCGCCCCGGCCCGGGAGGUGGCUCGCAGGGCUGCUCACCGCGGUGCCUUCUCGGCCGCUUUCCCUGCCUGCCUGCCUGCCUUCUUCUUUCCCGCGCGCUCCGCCCGGCUCCAGCGCCAUGAGGCCGGGGUGAGCUUUGGGGGCUGUGCUGCAUGACUGACUUCUUGCUGAGGCAGUGGACCUCUGGGACCCCAUUGGAGGGCAGCCCCUGGCAGGAGGAUGAGUGGCCAGCGGGUGGAUGCCAAGGUUGUGAUGCUGGGCAAAGAGUACGUUGGUAAGACCAGCCUGGUGGAGAGAUACGUCCACAACCGCUUCCUCGUGGGACCCUACCAGAAUACCAUAGGUGCUGCCUUUGUGGCCAAAGUAAUGUCAGUGGGAGGCCAGACGGUGACCUUGGGAAUCUGGGAUACAGCUGGCUCAGAAAGGUAUGAGGCCAUGAGCCGGAUAUAUUAUCGUGGGGCGAAAGCUGCCAUUGUAUGUUAUGAUCUUACCGAUAGCAGCAGUUUCCAGAGAGCAAAAUUCUGGGUGAAUGAGCUGCAGAACUUUGAGGAGAACUGCAGGAUCUAUUUAUGUGGCACAAAGAGUGACUUGUUGGAUGAAGACAGGAGGAAAAGGGAAAUCGACUUUCAUGACGUGCAGGACUAUGCAGAUGAGAUCAAAGCUGAGCUGUUUGAAACUUCUAGUAAGACUGGUCAAAAUGUGGAUGAACUCUUCCAGAGGGUGGCUGAGGAUUAUGUACAGUUCACUGCAUUUGAGAUGUCAGAGGAGAAGGGACUGGAUUUGAACCAGAAGAACCCCAACACUUACUUCUACAGCUGUUGCCAUCACUGAGUUCCUGGAAUAAUAGCAACCUGCGCUCUUCUGGAAAGUCCCUACAUUUUGCCUGUGGUUCAGAAUAUCCCACCUUGGACAUCUACAGCAUCACUUUUUGGCACUUCUCCUUGGAAUUGGAGGAGAAUUCAGCAGAACCUCUUUUGUUUUUGUAAAUACUGCAAGACUUGCUGCCUUGUUGACCAGAGACCAUGAUUGCCUUGUGUGCCCAUCCUCACCAGAGGCUGAGUGAAUUAUUAAAGCAUAUAAGGAAUUGCUUUGUUGUCUCACUCACAGUUGGCUCUGAAGAAGAGAUCCUGUGCUGGCUGUGGUCAAGUUUGCCAAUUUGAAGGUGUUGCCUGAUUUUUUGCUUAUUUAAAUGGCUUCUAAUAAGUUAUAUACAUGUAAAUAAAAGUGCUUUGCAGUCUUGUGUUGUU